GCAAAGUUUUUCCGAACUAGUUCAUUGAAACGAGCCGUUCAAAAGAACCGAUACGAGAAAAUGAUUCGGACUUCCCAUUACUACUGUUCAGACCAUUCAGACUAAUCCUCUUUCGUCACGCGCUGAACGGAAGUGACGUACAUAGCCAGAAGCGUGACCAAGGCUGGCGUAAAUAUACAAGGAAGUGGACAUUCACUGUCAAGGCUAAAAUAACAUUCAUAAAGGAGACAUUUAAUUGUCUGACGGUUUCUUAUCACUAAAUAAGUACCGGGAGGGUAUAGUCAUCUCGGACUUACCCAAAAGCCCGUGAGUAUCGGUUAGAAUAGACGUGGAGCUCGAGUCCAGCAAUGAACACGGACGUAGAAUUUCACAUCAGGCAGAAUUACCCGUGGAACAAACUCCCAGCCAAUGUCAAACAGAGUCUGGGAAACUCGCAGCGUGAAUAUGAAAAGCAGGUUCUUCUGUACAGUAUCCGAAACCAGCUUCGCUUCCGCAAUAACCUAGUCAGGCAUGUGAAGAAGGACGAACGCAAGUAUUAUGAAGAGCUGUUGAAAUACAGCCGGGAGCAUCUGAUGCUCUACCCCUACCACCUGUCUGACAUCAUGGUCAAGGGUCUGCGGGUCACACCCUUCUCCUACUACAUCAGCAUCAUGGAGGACAUCAUGAACAGUGAGAAGAGUUAUGAUUCCCUGCCCAACUUCACUGCUGCUGACUGUCUGAGGCUGCUUGGGAUUGGCAGGAACCAGUACAUUGACCUAAUGAACCAAUGCAGAUCUUCCAAAAAAUUCUUCCGGAGGAAAACGGCUCGGGAUCUCCUGCCAGCAAAACCUGUGGAGAUCACAGUGGAGCCCUGGUGGGUGGUACAGACCGGAUAUAUCACCGAGGAUGACAUCAGGGCCUGCUCUGUGUCGGAGAAGAGCGCCAUUGAUAAGAUGAUAGAUUCUGGACCUCAGCUGGCUGGAUCGAUGGAGUUCAACGUGGUUCUGAGUUUGUACAACCGGGGUUAUAUAUAUCUUGAUGUGCCCAUAUCAGAUGACAGCUGUAUAUCAGUGCCGCCGCUUGAGGGGUUUGUCAUGAACAGAGUCCAGGGUGAUUAUUUCGAAACGCUACUCUACAAAAUCUUUGUGUCCAUCGAUGAGCAGACUAAUGUGUCGGAGCUGGCUAAUGUACUGGAGAUUGACUUGGGCCUGGUGAAGAAUGCGGUGUCCAUGUAUUGUCGCCUGGGGUUCGCUAUCAAAAAGGGUCAGGUGAUCAGCCCGGACCAGAUGCACCCCUCGUGGAAGAGUGCCCCUUCGGUCAAUAGACUCAAAGGCACUAUGGACCCUCAGAAGAUGCUGCUGUCAUGGGAGGGUGGCAGUCCAGUGAUGGAGGCAGGUUCCUCAGCCACUGAUACAGACACCACCAGCCUGGAGGACCAGGACACCGCAAGUGUGAGCAGUCUAAGUAUCCCAGCCGCCCCGACCAAGAGGAUCGCCUUCCUGUUUGACUCCACCCUCACUGCCUUCCUCAUGAUGGGCAAUCUGUCCCCUAACUUGAAGAGCCACGCCGUGACGAUGUUUGAGGUUGGGAAGUUGUCUGAUGAGACCCUGGACAGUUUUCUCAUGGAACUGGAGAAGGUUGAGAGCACUGCUGAAGGAGAGGCUCAGAGAUAUUUUGACCAUGCGCUGACCCUCAGGAACACAAUACUCUUUCUGCGCUACAACAAAGAUCUCACGCCUGAUCAGGGCCCUGAUGUACCAAAUAUAGGCCUGCCUCUGGACCUCCUCCGCUGUGAAAGCCUGCUGGGAUUGGACCCUGCCACCUGCAGCCGUGUGUUGAACAAGAACUACAAACUGCUAGUUUCCAUGGCGCCACUCAGCAACGAGAUCCGGCCAAUCAGCAGCUGCACACCUCAGCACAUUGGUCCAGCCAUUCCUGAGGUCAGCUCCAUCUGGUUCAAACUAUACCUGUACUCGGUCACUGGUCAAGGCCCUCCUUCUCUACUGCUGUCCAAGGGCUCCAGGCUCCGGAAGCUGCCAGAAAUCUUCCAGGCCUAUGACCGACUGCUUAUUACAUCAUGGGGUCAUGACCCCGGGGUUGCCCCGACAUCCAACGUCCUAACGAUGUUGAAUGAUGCCCUCACCCACUCUGCUGUGCUCAUUCAGGGUCAUGGAAUGCAUGGACAUGGUGAGACUGUCUAUGUCCCCUUCCCAUUUGAUGACGAAGACCUUAAAGCAGAGUUCUCAUAUUCCAAUAUGUGUGCGCACAAAGCCCUUAAGAUCCUGCGGGACAAAGUGGAUCUGGAGCACCAGUGUGGCUACAUCACCAUGCUGAACCACAACAACAGACAUCGCAGACGACCCAGUGACCCCGACGGAGACCCUGAGCUUGGCAGAGUGCUUGAUCCCAACGGAAGCAAUGAAUCUUUUGAGCUGGUUACGGAGGAGAAUAACGGAGACGGCAGCAAGAAACCGGGAACAGAAGGGUCGUCCAAUGAGGAUGAAUGGGUUCCUCUGGAGCUUUGCUUCGGGAUGCCUCUUUUUAGCUCCGAGUUAAACCACAAAGUGUGUGAGAGGAUCGUCUCCCACAAACUCUGCAGCAAAGACAGUCUUCAAGAGUUACUACAUUCCAGUCGAAAACUGUCAUUAAAACUUCUCAGCUUUGUUCAUUCAUUCCAGGAUGGAAAACAGCCCGCGGACCCUGACAGCGGGGUCUGGGGUCCCCUGAGUCAGCCCCCAGCAGAGUCUGGCGUCCCCCUACCUGCGAUCAACCUGUUCUUCAAGGACGGCGAGCUGAAGGAAUGGAGCGGCCGAGCGCCGCCCUCCCUGCAUAUCUGUGCCCCACAGAAGAUCAGCCCACUUAAAACACCUCCCUCAAAAUAACCCUGUUCAGAUCCACACCAUACUCCACUCACUUCUGAUCACUUCUGUCACGAGUAACCAUGUUACCUGUGGCACUCAAUCACACACAGCCAUCAAGUGCUCCUGCCGCCUCCCGUCACGUUUGGAUGCGAGCGUCCAGAGUAACUCUAAAAGUCCUGAUGGGUUCAAUCACACGUCCCAUUCACCCAACUACAACAUAGAAAAUCUAUUUACAAAUUAUCCUAUAUUGACCUUUUAAUGUGUAUAUAGACUUUGCUUGGAUCCUGGAGAUGGAUGACGUUGCCCUACUCGUAUGAUCAUGUUUUGUGACUUAUGCAUGAUAUCACUGCACAGAAUCUCAAAAACUACUUGACUGAAUCAGCAGGGUUUGAAAACAUGAAGUUGAGGUUUACGUUUUGCACAAAGCCUGUGGAUGACAUUCAGGUUUAUUCUUUUUUUGGGGGGAAAUCGAGACCUUUGUUGGAACUUGAUUACAGUUUAUUCGGUUAAGUCGUAUUCCAGCUGGAAAACUUGUCUGUCUCAAUUCUGCUUAGCAGAGGAGUGUUUCUGCUUCACUGAGACCAAAGACCAACUUUUUUUAUGUUGAUUUUUACCAUUAUUUUAUUUUUUUGGCUGCCUUGUUUGCUUUGUGCCCAUUAGACUACUUUAUCACCGAAUGCGUUUAUUCCAAUAGGCCAGAUUGAACAUUUUUCCACUUGAACAAACUAUCUACUUUAGUCCCCAAACCUUCAAGCAGUGACAGCAAGGUCAUCAGUUAUCCAUCAGGACCUAGAUGUGUUGAAUAUCAGUAUAAGUUUAGAGUUUAUUGUGCGAAGAUGCAGUAAUACAGCAUUAAAAUCCCCCUCAGUGGCCUGACUUUUUCCCUUCCGCCUUUACUGAGGGUGCUGCCAGUGUUUUCCCAAUCAAACCUAUGGUAGUGGUGUAUGAAGACCGAUUAGAGAUCUUGGUGCUGCAUGAUGAGUGUGUAGAGUCGUUGUGUGUAUUGUGCGCUGUUCUUUAUUUCCCCUUUCCAUUCCUUUCGAUACGACCCAAAACAACACCAGCUCCGUGCCCGACCCAGUCACAGUGUUAGAGAAAUAAAAUAACCGAUAGUUUUAUAAAGUCACCCUGCAUUUUAAGAACUGUCUGUUGUUAGUGUACUUGAUGGGACUGUGAACAUGCUCUUGUAAUUAAAUGGGUACAGAAGUUACGUUUUCCCCACACGCAAUUCCAUUCACCAAAAUAUAUGUCAUAACAAAUGAAUAUGUAAAAACUAUAUGAAAGUACUAAUAAAUAUGUUACAGAAACACCCAUUACCAGUGUUAGCAUGCAGUUUGUCAUUUAAAAAACUGUUAACUUCAGAUUGUUGAAGCUUGGCUUUAGACAGGAUGGGUCCCCGAUGACUAAUUACUAUAGCAACACAAAUUCAGGGUGUCACCAGGGGGCAGUGAGGCCCUGAAAUGGGGCAUGGCAUCAUAGGAAUAGCACAAGCCAGAAGAA